CAGCCAGAGGCACAGCCAGCAGCCAUGAGCAGCGGCCAGCAGCGAGGCGGCGCCGGCGCCGGGCCGCAGCACGCGCCCGACCACAUCAAGCGGCCCAUGAACGCCUUCAUGGUCUGGUCGCGCGGACAGCGCCGCAAGAUGGCGCAGGACAACCCCAAGAUGCACAACUCGGAGAUCUCCAAGCGGCUCGGCGCCGAGUGGAAGCUGCUCUCCGAGAUGGAGAAGCGGCCCUUCAUCGACGAGGCGAAGCGGCUCAGGGCGCUGCACAUGAAGGAGCACCCAGACUACAAGUACCGGCCGCGGCGGAAGCCCAAGUCGCUGCUGAAGAAGGAGCCCAAGUUCGGCUUCUCGCUGCUGGCGGGCCCGCCGCUGGCGCCUCAGGGCGGGCAGCACGGGUCGCUGUCGCUGCCGCUGCCUCUGUCGCCCGGCUCUGCGGCCGCCGACCACCUGGCGCGCUCGCUGCUGCCCGCCUUCCCCUACCCGCUCUACCCGCUGCCCGCGCCCGCGCACAAGAUCAUCGACGACGGCAAGAGCGCCUUCGACCUCGCCAUGCAGGCGCUGUACUCGAGCCAGAUGUAUUCGCACGCGUCGGCCGUGGCGGCAGCGGCGGCCGCCUCCUGGGUGCCGUGCGGCUGCCCCCCGCCCCCGACGGCCGCGCCCAGCCCCCCGCCGCCGCCGCCUCCCGCCUCCUCGCUGGAUGGCGCGAACGCCAUCAAGCGGCCGGUGGCGUGUCUGCUGGUGAAGCCGCCGCCCGAGGACCUGUACGGGCCGCCGCAGCUCACCCCCGCGCCGCAACACGUCAUAUGAAGACCGCUCCCGGUUCUCCCGGACCUGGCCCGGGGGAGCCUGGGAGCCUCGUGGUGCUGGGGCGCCGCCGCCGCCGCUGCCGCCGCCGCCGCCGCCUCUUCCGCCUCCGGGGGGCCGCCCGCCGCCGCCACCGCCGCCUCCGUCGCGGAAGAAGACCGCGACCGGCCGUCGUCUGCCGCCAGCAGCGGACACUGAGCGGCUGCGACGACAUCGAGAAGGGAAUUCGCAGCGCGUGACGAUGCCGGGUACACUUAGGCUCGAAGGUGUACCUUCGCUACAGACAGCCGUUACCGCCGCACGUAGCCUGGAGGUGUAUUCUACCAGCUUUGAGGGAUAGUGCCCGAGUAUUUCCACAUAUGCAGUCUAUGGCUCACAGAUGAUUGUUACAAAGUAUUUUCAUGUUCUGCUGAUCUAUAAUCUAUGGCCUCCAGAUCUUUAGUACAGGAUAUUCUGGUUCUGCAUAUACAUAUACAAUGUGAACCCGAGCUUCACCGACGAAAUUUCGGAAGCUAUUCAGGGAAAUUUUCUGAUUGUUUUGCUAUAAAGAACCCGAGGUCUCAUUACGGAGUGAAAACGUAAUUAUGAUUUAACUAAUUUCUUACCCCAAUUGCCUUUGUUUCUGUCCAAAUACAGAACAGCGCAAAAAACUAUAAUGUGUGCAACCAAAACGUACAGCACAAAACAUAGAACAGCUCCCUAAAAAUGCACAAGUAUUAUGAUGUGACUUAAUUUUCUCAUGAGGAGAAGACAGAAGCAGCGACGUAUUUUACUUGGUAAAAAAAUUUCUGUAUCCAAGAUAACAUAAAUACUACUUUAUUUCCUACAAUCGGUUUCAACGACUUUGCUGUUCUCUACAGGUGAACAAAAAUAUUUGAAGACCUGAAGAUUCCAGCAAACGCUGUCGAAACUAGUUGCCGAAAAUAAAGAAGUAUUUAUGUGAUCUUGCCUACAGAAAGUUUUUUAUGAUAUGGUUGCUGUUGCUGCGGGACCAGCUCACCACAGCGCCGUGCUGAUGUUCCUCCAUUUCAGCCAUUGAACUCGCACACGUGCUGCAUAUGAACCACUUCGUCAUCCUACCGAUCCAUAUUUCUCUUUAUCGCUAUUAACGUACAUCUAAAACUGGCGGAAAAACAAGUGUGAGACAGCACCGAACAGUACUGAAUCCAAGAUUGUGGGUGAAGAGUAAAAUUGGCAUUCCUGUUGUCAACACCAUGUACCGUGAGUGACUGGGAAAAGUUUGUUAUCAAACCAGACACGAACUUUCCAUCGAAUUUUGCACUGCUGUGCAGACAUUUCAAGUGCAAUACAGAUAUAAAAGUAAAUCAGGGAAGAACUCAGGUGAGGCGCAAUUACUCUGAACGAAUCGCUGGAGAUGGCGGGUCUUUGACUACAAAAUACUCUGAAAAUUUUCCGAAGAACCUCCGAAAUUGCCAGUGGAGUUCUGACUCACCCUGCGUAAUCUAUGGCUUUCAGAACCUCAUUGUAGAGUAUUUUUAGGUUCUACAACCGAAUAUACAGUAUGCAGCCAACUGCAAAGUGAGUAGCAGUUCGUAGCUUUUACAGUUUCUGAACUUAAGUUUCCCCCCCUCCCUCCGUUCACAGAAAGAGUAUACGGGGAGAAUGGAUGCACGUUUGCCUCUGUGCGACAUCUCAUGCACAGAAUACUUGCACUGCUAACACGCAAAAUAACCACCAGAUCAGUGCCAACAGUAGUACUGUAAAAUGGUAAAUAACCGUCAGUUUAGUGAACCGACACCCAGCAUGUAUAGUAGCAUUGUCUGGAUUAUCACGAACUGAUUUCCUUACGUACUGCUGCAACAAGUAGUGUGCCGGUGCCGUAUCUGGCCAUGGAACAGGAACUCCAAGGCUAUGCAGUCUUCCUGUACAUCAAGCAUCAAUAUCUUCCGCAGCACUGACAGAACACUGUAUCGGGCUCUUAGUUUGAAACUGCUUACCAAGCGUCGUUCAGCUCACAAAACUGAAUCAUAUCAAAUCGAGGUUGAGAUAUAAAUUUAAUGUAGAAAGAAAGAAGAACGACGUGAUGUAUCAGUGGAAAUAAAUGGAAAUGGUAAACUGCUGCGAGUUCCCUAGACUGAAGGUGGUCUCCAUACCGUACGCCCGAAAGUUUGCUGGUAGAGUACGCCUCGUCUUACAUAGGAUCAGACGUUGCCUCCUCCGUGAUGACAGUGCAGUUCGAGAACUGUUCCGUUAGCGAGGAGAGCGGUCGCGAUGGGGGAGCACGAUCAGCUGCGCUUUUCAUUGCGAAGCGAAUUCUGGAAACAGACAUUAAGCUACAGAUGUGUUUUGCGGCUGAUUAAUUGAAUUUACCAUGUAUCUGUUCAGCGUAGAGUCACAGAUCAUUGUCCACGUUGUCUCGUGGUCUCUGGACGCCAAACGUUGUUAGGAAAAGACGUGCUAUGUUUUAGAAUCUCAGACAUCAUCACUCGGAUGUGGACACUAUGAAAUCAUGUAUAUUGUUGUCAGGUUACAGCAGUAAAUAAUUUUCUUAAAGAUUUUUAAGAACUACCGAAACACCGACAGUCUUUGUGUUGAAGAAACAAUUACUUUCCUUACAGUUACACAGUCGGCAGGGUUGCAUAUGAGGCAACCUGGCGCCCCUCCUUAAAUUAUUUCCACUCUCUCGCGUGUGCAGUCCUGCAGACGAAUACUUCCUAUUUUGUAUGUCUUUAUGUUUUACAUAGUCUCUUUCUUAUGAAUCUUUAUUGUAUUUUUCAUAGUAUAUGUUGUUCUGUUUCGAAAAGUAUGUGUUGAAGAUCUGUUUCUUUUGUAAAUAAAGUUGUUGUCUUGCCAUACACUAA